UAUGGCGGGUUCGUGUUUUUUCAAGCUCAAAUACGAAAUGAGUAGUUAUGUGCGCCGCUCGGGCGGCGACAUUGACAGCGAUUUGUCGAAUAUUCUCGUUCGCCAUUUUGUGAAUGCUGUGGAAUUUUGUGUUAAGUAAUGCAGGUGAGCUCAUCGUGGCGGACUUCGAAUUUGGCCGGUUACGAUGUCUGAGAAGACUCUGAUAGGAAAGCCAGUCCUGAAGCGUCAUGAAGUCGCCAGGCCUAUACAUAUCCAGCGGCUUGAAGCCGCCUUAGAUGUCAGACCAUUUGUGAACCAGGUGGAAAGGAUACUGAACUCUGAUGGUGGAAGCGACAGUGACGAUGAUUCGGACAACAGAUCCAUGGCAAUUGAGAUGUCCAGAGGUGAUAAGAAUAUGCAUGGUGUUGUGACCUCUAAACAAGAAAGACAAAGCGACCGUCUAAGGCUAUACAACUUAGCAUCAGUGGGUGAGGAACGGCAAUGGCUCAGAGAUGUGCUGCUGUCAUCCGAGACGGACAGCAGCAGUGAGGAAGACAGCCCUGCUGCCAAGGAGCAGAGGAUACGGAGACUGCUGAAGGAGAGGCAUUACCAUAACAAAUAUGCUAAGGACUACUAUAAGGACUCUGGGAAUUCCCGCUACAUGUACUACGGAGCUGGUCUCCUGUCAACCAUCGACCGCUAUCCGGAACGCCGCAUCAGUAGACCUGUGCCUCCCGCGCCUGUUGGUAGAGGACGCAGAGGCCGGCCGGCUGACAGAGGCGCGGCUAGGGGCUCCCAGAAGUCCCGUAGAGGCCGCGCUUGCGCUGAGGGCGGCGAUAUGCCUGAUGGUGUGGACUGGGAAGAGCAACUCAAACACAUGAAAGAAGAAAAUGACAAUGAUGAAUUUACAAUCGUCGAAAAACCAGGAGUCAGAGGCCGCAAAAAACUAUCCACUCUCAAAAGCCCCGAAGCUCUAACGGCACGGCGAAAACGACAUUGGCAACUUUUGGUCAAAAAGGAACUGGGCAAAGUGCAACGUGCAAGAACCGCCACACAUAGGGAGCUAAUGCUCCAAAGGAAAAGGUUGGCCACACUUUGCUGCAAACAUUGGCGGCAUGUGGCUAUGCAGUCACAAAAGAACAUGAAGGAAACAGUAUGGCGGUGCAAAAGGCUGAGUCGAGAGAUGCAAGCCUACUGGCGGAGAUAUGACCGCGCCGAGAGAGAAACUAGACGACGUAUGGAACGGGAGGCCGAGGAACAGAGAAAGAUGGAUGUAGAACUAAUGGAAGCUAAACGGCAACGCCGCAAGCUAAACUUCCUCAUAACGCAAACGGAGCUAUACGCUCACUUCAUGCAAAAGAAGCUGAAUUCGGGUGAGGAUUGCGACAGCGACGCCGAUAUGAUACUGAGGCAGUUGGACGAGGAUCGCGACCCUAGGCUGGCAGCUAUCGAUAACUAUGACAGUGAAGAAAUGAAAGCCAGAGCCUCAAAGAACGCCCUUGAAGCAUUUCAAGCGGAGAGAGCGCGCACUCAAGCCUUAGAUGCUUCUGAUGGUACAGACAGAGGGGAACGCAGGGGGGAUUACGACCAGCCUGCUAUCUUCCGCGGCACGCUCAAGGGAUACCAACUAAAGGGAAUGAACUGGCUCGCGAACCUUUAUGAUCAGGGAAUCAGCGGUAUACUAGCAGACGAAAUGGGGCUGGGCAAGACAGUUCAGUGCAUAGCAUUUUUAUGUCACGUAGCAGAAAGGUUGGGCGUGUGGGGACCUUUCCUGGUCGUGUCGCCCGCGUCUACCUUACACAACUGGCAACAAGAGAUGCAACGAUUUGUGCCCGAUUUUAAAGUGGUACCAUACUGGGGUAGUCCAAGCGAGCGUAAAAUCCUUCGACAAUUCUGGGAGCGUAAGGACCUGCACACACGGCAAGCGGCAUUCCACGUAGUCGUCACUUCCUACCAGAUCGUAGUAUCAGAUCUCAAGUACCUCAACCGUGUGUCGUGGCAGUAUAUGAUACUGGAUGAAGCUCAGGCGAUCAAGAGUUCUGCCAGUAUGAGGUGGAAGUUGCUGCUUGGAUUCAGUUGCAGGAAUCGGCUGUUGCUAUCAGGAACACCCAUACAAAAUAGUAUGGCAGAGUUAUGGGCACUAUUACAUUUCAUAAUGCCGACGCUGUUUGAUUCACACGACGAAUUCAACGAGUGGUUCUCCAAAGAUAUCGAAAGCCAUGCGGAAAACAAAACCACUAUUGAUGAGAAACACUUAUCACGGUUGCACAUGAUCCUCAAACCAUUCAUGCUGCGAAGAAUCAAGAAGGAUGUAGAGAAUGAACUAUCCGACAAGAUUGAGAUUAUGGUCCAUUGCCCGCUGACUAUUAGACAAAAACUUUUGUAUAUAGCGCUAAAGAAGAAAAUAAAAAUAGAAGAGUUAUUACAUUACACUGUUGGUGCGGAAUCUGGUCACAAUGUAGAUAAAAAUUUCACCUCAAACCUCAUGAAUUUAGUUAUGCAAUUUAGGAAGGUAUGCAACCAUCCGGAACUAUUCGAAAGGCGAGACGUACGCUCACCUUUCGCAAUGCAAAUAGACGACUAUCAUUUACCAAAGAUAAUCGCUGAAGACUGCAUUUUAGUUCGAAAGAUUCCUUCAAAACGUCACAUUUUGUACAAUAAGCUGUGUGUUUUGACACCAGAGUAUGUACAUAGAAGUAUAAGUGAUGGUGUACAUGAAAAUAGUUGUUUUGCAUUUACAAGGUUUAUGGAUCUAUCGCCUAUGGAGUUGUAUAGAGUUAUGGUGUGUGGAUGGUUGUGUGCAAUGCUACAUAUAGAGCAGACAUUAGAAAAAUACGAGAAACUCCGCCAUAGACAACAGUGGUGGCUUUCCCCACACAACAGUGACGUGAAACAGGAGAUAGACAUUGACAUGUGCGAGAGCGAGACAGACUAUGACAGAGUGAAUAGCAAACAUUUGCUGCUUGUAUGUCCCGAUGGCGAUGUGUUGAGGAAGAGGAAACAUGAUUGUCUGUUAUGGAAGGAGUUGCUAUUUACAGAUCCUCUUUGGAUUGAAGGUGGUCCAUUCUACAUCCACACGGAACACAUAUUGCAUUACAUGCCAGAGACUGUAGAGCAUCGCGCUUUGAGGACUAGAAACUUGAAAACUAUUGAUGGACAGACGGAAAUGCUAAGCGAAAUAAAGACUGAAGAGGGCGGAGUGAUAGCGGUGGAGCCACAACCGGUGGAGACCCCGGAGUUUCCUCAUGUAGAGCGAGCGCCGAGGGUGUACCGCGAUGUGCCCACGCCCUUACCCGCCUUCCUGUGUACUGCACAGCAAAAGGUGCAAUCGUUCGCUCUGGUGCCUUUCGCGGUGUCGCGCAGCUUCGCGCACAGCAUAGUGAGGCAUCAGCACGGCGAGAACGCGGAGGGCGCGCACACUCUCGCGCGCCUCGUCGCCGCCGCGCGCCCGCCGCAAGGCUGGGCCUCGCUACAAGUACCAGAUAAAAACCAGCUGGUCAGCGACGCGGGUAAACUGACAGUAUUAGAUUCUCUGCUGAAGAGACUGAAGGAGCGCGGCCACCGCGUGCUCAUAUACAGCCAGAUGACCAAGAUGAUUGAUUUAUUAGAGGAGUACAUGUGGCAUCGCAAACACAAAUACAUGCGGUUAGACGGAUCCAGCAAAAUAUCCGCUCGGCGGGACAUGGUUGCUGAUUUCCAGGCUCGGGCUGACAUAUUUGUGUUCCUACUGUCUACGCGCGCGGGAGGUCUUGGAAUCAACCUUACAGCAGCUGACACUGUGAUAUUCUACGACUCGGAUUGGAACCCAACAGUGGACCAACAGGCUAUGGACCGCGCACAUCGCUUGGGGCAAACCAAACAAGUCACCGUCUAUAGGCUAAUCUGUAAAGGGACUAUUGAAGAGCGUAUCAUGCAGAGGGCGAGAGAAAAGAGCGAGAUUCAAAGGAUGGUGAUAAGUGGUGGCAAUUUCAAGCCGGAUACGUUGAAACCAAAGGAAGUGGUGUCGCUACUUUUGGACGAUGAAGAGAUUGAGCUGAAAUAUCGUCAGAAAUCAGAGGAAAAGAAGAUCAUGGAAGAAAGAGAACGUAAAAGGAAACUAGGGAUUCUGCCAUCGCAGGCAGCAGCAAUAGAACCAAAACGAGCCCGUGAAUCAGCUUCAGAGCCCGGCAGCCCCUUGCAAGUGGACGACGAUAGCGACCAGCUGCAUAUAGACUCCUCACCGCAACCACACUUACCGUACUCCCCGCCCGUAAGAUCGAGUUGGGCCAACAGCAGAUCGGCUCGCGGUGCGCGUCGCGGUCGGCCGCGCGGCUCCCGACACGCGAUGGGUCGUCGCCCCGACGCGCCGUCGACAGACCAGCCGCCCGCUUCCGCGUCCGCCGCUGCUGUGGCCGCGCGUGCAGGUGCAGCGCUGCUAGACUCGGACGGGCCGCUAGAGCCGCUAGAGACAUCAUCAGGUAUGGAGGGCCGCGGUCGGCGCGGGCCGGGCCGCCCGCGUCUACGCGCGCCCGUUCGCGCCGCGCGUCCCUCCCGCCGCGCGCGCCGCCCGCGCGAACCUUUGUUGGUGCCCCUGGCGCCGCCGCCCUAGCCCCGGCAAAACCCUCUCUAGGGUGCCAGAUGCAAAAAAACUGGAAAGGACUGUUGAUUAGUGGUUUACUCGUUUUGACCCACCUAAUGAAGUACCUACUGUUAUAAAUAUAUAAAUAAUGGUAGAAACACAUUUCAAUACGCCACCACUUCGUAACUAAGAAAUGGGUGUCGUUUGAAAUUAAUUUAUUUAAAAUUAAGAUGCGUUUAGUUUAUUAUGGGUAGGGGUAUUUUCUUCUUUGGUUAACGACACUCCACGACAUCAACACAGUGAUGUGUUUACGGCUUUAACACACUGACGCAUUCGCACACAGUAUAGUUUUACGCCAUAGGCAGAAAGACGGCAAUCGUUUCGCCAUCACGUGUGAUAGCGUCGAUGUGCUAAAGAAGCCUAAAGGUGAAUGCACACUUAUACUCGUAUGUGUAUGUAAAUUCGUUUCGUUCGACUCGUCCGACGCGUUCGGCUCGUCCGACGCGUUCGUCUCGGAUAAGUGUGCGUUCACCUUUAUCGGGUGGCUUGCAGCAGGAUAUGUUUUUGUGUGUGUUUCUACCAUAACUCUCUGUACAUCGAUACAGUUUACCUCUAAAGAAAUUAUUGUAUACUAACAAUUAAUAGUGUAAGCGGAUGUACAAAAUAUUGCUUUUAUAUUUAAAGUAUUAAGUUGCAAAGUUUAAAAAACUUUGCAUAGAUAAUUAAUAAUUAUACUAUUAGUUAUUAGUUUGUUACUAUAGGAACAUGUGAAAAGAAGUGUAUAUAGAAAGAAGUUAUUUAGAUAAAAAUCCGACUAUUAUGUAUUACUCAAUAGAAAAAUUUUGAUUUUCCUCGACAAAAAUUUAAAUUGUUCCACAUUCAACAAUGUUAAAAAAAACUUUUUUUGAAGUUGUUAAUAUAAAAAUAUUGAAGGAAUUUUUAUUUAGUUUGUUUUUAAAUUAUGAGCUUGAGAGAUUUAUGUUAUAGAAGAAACUAAAUUAUUUAAAUCUUAAAAUCUAGCAAAAAUUAAGAAAAACUGACAAAAUUGUUGUGAAUUUGAUCAUGCAGCACCCAUAUGACAUGUGUAGAUUCAAUAUUUGUGUAAAUGUGAAAGAUAUAAAUAAAUCAAAAUUUAUGUGAA